AUGCGCUGGUAUCUAGUGUUUACAUUUCUGUUCUGCCUCCAAUGGGGGCAAAUCCUCGCCGCGCCAGCAGACUUGGCGCACCGAGAUACCAACGCGCUGGAGAUAUUGGGCCGCCGAGAAGACACCGAGACUACGCAGACCGCGACAGAUACAGCAGCCAGCAAAACGCCUACAGCUACUGCGACAAACACUGACGUCAAAGCCAGUACGACUACGAAGCAGACGAGCACCGCAACACAGACUGCAGACCCUACAACCAGCGCGCCGCUGGUCCAGACGUCGGUUCCAUCGGUGGAUGGAGCUGGUUCUUUCGGAGGCUCGUCGAGCAAUUCCACCAAAUCGGUUUACGAGGGAGGCUUGCCUAUCCAGCCGACCAUCACACCAGCGAUGGGCAUAGCAGGAAUUAUACUCAUACUGUCAGGGGCUGCUUUGACUUUCAUUGGGAUCCGCAAACCACGCAUUUACAUCUUUCUCUCAACUGCCCUUUUGGCUGCACUGGGUGUUACGGUCCUCAUCGAAUAUGUCCAGAGCCCGCCUGUUAGCAAUGGCGUGCAGGGUGGAUAUUUUGUCGCAAUUUUCUUCACGGGUGCUGUCUUUGGUGGCCUUGCCCUUGUGUUCAAAGAGAUCACCGAAGGCCUGUGCUGUCUGCUCGGCGGUUUCUGUAUCGGAAUGUGGCUUAUGACUGUCAAGGCAGGUGGUCUGGUCACUGAUCAUGGGGCAAAAGUGGGAUUUAUCAUUGCCUUUGCUGUAGGCUUCUACUGUCUGUCUUUCAGUCACUACACACGCGCAUACGGAUCAAUUCUGUGCACGUCAUUUGCUGGUGCCACCGCUCUUAUCCUUGGUAUUGAUUGCUUCAGCCGGGCUGGACUGAAGGAGUUCUGGCUCUACGUAUGGGGGUUGAACGACAAUUUGUUCCCAAUGAAUACCAACACCUAUCCCAUCACUCGCAAUAUUCGAGUCGAGUCGGCGAUCAUUAUCAUAAUUACCGUGUUCGGUGUCAUUGCUCAGUUGAGAUUAUGGAAAGUGAUAAAAGAGCGUCGCAGCAGAGAAGAGGACGUGAAACGAGAAGCCCAAAAACAGAAAGAGGAAGCCGAAGCCGAAGUCAGCCGACGAGUUGAGGAGAAGAACCUCCGUGAGCGAGCCGACUGGGAGAACCUGUACGGCAAUAGCGCUGACAUGAAGGCGCCCUCUAUGUCUGAAACAGCCGUCGCAGACGACUCAAGGAGAGGGUCAGGCAGCGGCUUUGCUUCAGGCCCUGAGAAUGGCAGUGCGGUCGAAUUGCGAGAACUGACCAGCGCCGAGCAUUCGAACGGAGCCUCUGACUGUGGAAACACGCUAGAGGCCGUGGAGGAGGACGCACAUGAGUGUGUCUCACAUGGCGGAGAAGGCAAGCCACGGGCUUCCGGAUCCCAAGCGGAUCACCUCGAGCAAGAAAUACAGUCCGAGAACGUCCAAGGGAAAGAAAAGCAACCACUUUCUACGAAAAGGCGCUCUGAGCACGGCGCCAUUGUGGGAUCCGAAGCCGGGAUACAGCGCCCAGAGCACUUGUCCGGAAGGGCCUUUACCAAGCGCAAGUCCUACCACAGCUUGGAUGAGAAGAGUAGCUUCUACUCGGAAGCUGACGAGCUUUUGAUUCCACCAAAUCCAGAUGAUACUUCUUCAGUAGCUGGAAUGGUUGAUGAUCUGCCUAGCAUUGUGUCACGGACUCCGAGUAUGGAGCUUGAAGAUCCACAUGAUCUACCCGAGCACGAGGAUGUGGGGUCUAAUGCCAGGAACGAUCGGGACAAGGUUGUGGAGGCGGAAACGGAUCUGCUGGAUUCAAAACCCAACCAGCAUGCGGAUGCAGAGAUCAGCGUAGCUGAAACUGGAAUCUUGGACAAGGAUGUUGAAAACUCAGCCGACAUUAUUCCUACGGACGAAAAGGUCGGAGAUGAGAUAUCCAAGCGGGCCCGCUUACCAGAUCCAGUUCGGGUUGACGAAGCUCGCACCGCUUCCCAGUCACAAGAACAGCCGGAAGCUCCGAGGAUAUCGCCAGUUGAAGAGAGCAAGGUUGUAUCAGAGGAGAAAGCUGGUCCAGCAAAUACCGUGGCUGAUGAGGCGGCUGUGUCUGGAAAAUCAGAAACGGCCGCCCAAGAGGAGAUAAAUAUCAAGACGCAAGAUGAGAGUUCCAAGGCUAACAAGGCGCCUGAAGAAUCGGUGGAUCCACCGAGAGUGAAAGAGAAGGCGAAAUUGGACGUGUCUACUGUGCAAAACAUUCCUACACAGACUUCAAAAAUUGUCAAUUCAUUCCGUACACAGGAAUGGGCAAAGCAUCUAGCAGACGCAGAUGCCCCUGAUAUUGAACCUCUGCAGUACGAGAGAGACAACGAAGAAACGUCGCCAGAACCUGAAGAGCUUGCGACCCCUGUUGACAUCCACGGCCUUCUGCAAACACCCCUGGAUGCAGCACCUGCCCCGUUUGUGUCCAGUUCAAACUAUGAAUCACACGGAGAUGAUGCAGUCAAGUCCGAGCAGCCACGCCGUACUUCUCGCAUGUCAAUGCGAUCUCCUGAGUUGAUACAGCCCAAGAGACAUAGCUCGCAUAAUGGUCUCACGGCUACACCUCACCCAAUCUCUCGAAAUGUGUCGUCGGGUUCUCUUCCUUCGCCUGACCGGAAGGAUAUGACGGCAGUUCGCAACAGUAUCUCAACGCCAUACUUGCCCGUCACCACCACGCAAGAGAAAGAACAGCCAGACACCCACCGAUGGAGCGGCCCUGCACCACUUCUAGCUGUCCGUGAAAAUAUGGUUCGGAAUCGAAUGUCCUCCACAUCUCUCCGUGCGCCCGACGGAGCCGAGGACGACAUGCCCCUCUCACAACGCCGUGCCCUCCUCCAACGCCAGACCAUGCGCUCUCCUUCUUCAACCAGCGUCCACAGCACUCACAGUGGCGAACGAGCUCGGCCUCCACAGCAAACCUACACCAACCAAGCAGGUGGCCGGCCAGCUGCUGAUAUGGCCGCAUGGCGUCAGUCAGUACGGGAGAAUCUCAAGAAUCGCGACUCAAUAGCCGCCUUCACUGGUUCUCCUAUCUCCCCUUCAGCUGAGCGACCUCGCAGCCAGUUGUGGGGAUCAGUUCAGCAAAUGCGAGACGCCUCUAAUACCCAGCUCGGCAACCAGAUCGCUGAGGGGAUGCAGCGAGGCGAUAUGACAGAUCUGCAUCGGAAGGCCAUGCGCCGAAUGCAAGCUUCUGCGAAUCGAAAAAUCUAA